CGGGGAGAGGAGGUUGUGUGGGACAGACUGCUCCUGACAGAAGGAUGUUCCAGCUGAGCCUGUCCUGGCUGGGCCUCGGGCCAGGGGCAGCAUCCCCAUGGCUGCUCCUCCUGCUGGUAGGGGCCUCCUGGCUCCUGGCCCGUGUCCUGGCCUGGACCUACACCUUCUAUGACAACUGCCACCGCCUGCGGUGUUUCCCACAACCCCCGAGACGGAACUGGUUUUGGGGACACCAGGGCAUGGUCAACCCCACAGAGGAGGGCAUGAGAGUUGUGACUCAGCUGGUGGCCACCUACCCUCAGGGCUUUAAGGUCUGGAUGGGCCCCAUCUCGCCCAUCCUCAGUUUGUGCCACCCCGACAUCAUCCGGUCUGUCAUCAAUGCCUCAGUUGCCGUUGCACCAAAGGACAAGUUAUUCUACAGCUUCCUGAAGCCCUGGCUGGGGGACGGGCUCCUGCUGAGUGCUGGUGACAAGUGGAGCCGCCAUCGUCGGAUGCUGACGCCUGCCUUCCAUUUCAACAUCCUGAAGCCCUAUAUGAAGAUUUUCAAUGACAGUGUGAACAUCAUGCAUGCCAAGUGGCAGCUCCUGGCCUCAGAGGGUAGUGCCUGUUUGGAUAUGUUUGAGCACAUCAGCCUCAUGACCUUGGACAGUCUGCAGAAAUGCGUCUUCAGCUUUGACAGCCAUUGCCAGGAGAAGCCCAGUGAAUAUAUUGCCGCCAUCUUGGAGCUCAGUGCCCUUGUAUCAAAAAGACACCAUGAGAUCCUCCUGCAUAUUGACUUCCUGUAUUAUCUCACCCAUGAUGGGCAGCGUUUCCGCAGGGCCUGCCGCCUGGUGCACGACUUCACAGAUGCCGUCAUCCAGGAGCGGCGCCGCACCCUCCCUAGCCAGGGUGUUGAUGACUUCCUCCAAGCCAAGGCCAAAUCCAAGACUUUGGACUUCAUUGAUGUGCUCCUGCUGAGCAAGGAUGAAGACGGGAAGAAGUUAUCUGAUGAGGACAUAAGAGCAGAAGCUGACACCUUUAUGUUUGAGGGCCAUGACACCACGGCCAGUGGUCUCUCCUGGGUCCUGUAUCACCUUGCAAAGCACCCGGAAUACCAGGAGCGCUGCCGGCGGGAGGUGCAAGAGCUUCUGAAGGACCGUGAGCCUAAAGAGAUUGAAUGGGACGACCUGGCCCAGCUGCCCUUCCUGACCAUGUGCAUUAAGGAGAGCCUGCGGCUGCAUCCCCCAGUCCCAGUCAUCUCCCGCCGUGUCACCCAGGACAUUGUGCUCCCAGAUGGCCGGGUCAUCCCCAAAGGCAUUAUCUGCCUCAUCAGUGUUUUCGGAACCCAUCACAAUCCAGCUGUGUGGCCGGACCCUGAGGUCUAUGACCCCUUUCGCUUUGACCCAGAGAACAUCAAGGAGAGGUCACCUCUGGCUUUUAUUCCCUUCUCAGCAGGGCCCAGGAACUGCAUCGGGCAGACGUUUGCGAUGGCUGAGAUGAAGGUGGUUCUGGCGCUCACGCUGCUGCGCUUCCGCGUCCUGCCUGACCACACCGAGCCCCGCAGGAAGCCGGAGCUGGUCCUGCGCGCAGAGGGCGGACUUUGGCUAUGGGUGGAGCCCCUGAGCUGAGUUCUGCAGGGACCCACUCUGACCCCACUAAAAUGACCCCUGAUUCAUCAAAAGUGAAGCCUACAAUUACCCUAAGACCCUAUUCCACAGUCCUGUAUUCCAUCCUAGAUAUCUACUCAAAAUAAUUGAGACAGGUGUUCAAACAAAAAGACGCUUGGGCAUGAAUGUUCAUGGCAGCCCUAUUCACAGUAGCCAAACGAUGAAAACAACCCCAAGGUAUAUAUUACCAGACGAAAGGAUAAACAAAAUGUGGUCCAUCCAUACAAUGGAAUAUUACACAGCCAUAAAAAGGAAUGAAGCAGUGAUCCCUACUACACUGUGGAUGAACCUUGAAUACAUGAUACUGAAUGAAAGACAUCAGAAGCAAAAGGUCACAUAGUGUACGGUCCUUUUAUAUGAAAUUUCCAGAACAGGCCAAUCUGAAGAGAUGCAUAGCGGAUUGGUGGCUUUCAGCAGCUGUGGGGAGGUGGGACUGAGGAGCGACUGCUAAUUAGGAUGGGGUUUCCUGACUGCUAAUCAGGAUGGUGAAAAUGUUCCAGACCUAGAUAGUGAUGAAGGUAGCACGACACUGUGAGUGCACUAAAUGCUAUUGAAUUGGACACUUUGAAAUGGCGAAUUUUGUGGUAUGUGAAUUCUACCUCAAUCAAAAAAAUUUGCUAUUUUAUCUCACAUACAUUUUUUUUGUCCAGGUUGUUCAUAUAAUAAUAUGCUGUGAGCAUCUUUCCAUGACAUUAAAUCAUCUUAGGAAACAUUA